CUCAAUGCAGUUUCUGACUGAGCCUCCUCUCUGAAAGACAAUGGCAGACGCCAACGUUCUCAGACUGCAGGAUGACCUCAUUUGCUCAAUCUGUCUGGAGACCCUGACGGACCCCGUCUCCAUUCCAUGUGGACACAAUUUUUGCAUGAAGUGCAUCUCAGAGUCCUGGAAUCACUCCAGUGUGUGCAGAUGCCCUCAGUGUCGAGAGACGUUCACCCCAAGGCCCAGUCUGUCCAGAAACACCUUGCUGAAUGAAGUCAUUGAGAAAAUAAAGCAGAUGGGACCCCUUCUGUCUCAGAGUUAUGCCAGGCCUGAAGAUGUGGAGUGUGACGCCUGCACUGGGAAGAAGUUCCGAGCGGUGCAGUCCUGCCUGACCUGCCUGGCCUCCUACUGCAAGAUUCACCUCCAGCCACACUGCGAAGGGGCCGCGUUUAAGGAUCACAAACUGAUUGCCCCAGACAGAAAUCUCCAGCAGAAGCGCUGCAGUAAGCAUCAUAAGUGUUUGGAAAUUUUUUGUAAAAAGGAUCAGAUGUGUAUCUGUCUGCUUUGUGUUGUGACGGAUCACAACACUCAUGAAAUGGUGGAAGUGGAGAAAGAAAGAGAAGAGAAACAGAAGCAAUUGCGUUCAACAAUACUAGAAAUUCAGACAAAGCUCCAAGAACGAAAUAAGAAACUGGAGGAGAUCAAGCAGGCUGUGGAGAAGACUGAGAUAUAUGCAGACAAAGAGUUAGAAGAAAGUGAGAAGACCUUUACAGAGCUGAUCCUUCGUGCUGAGGAAAUUCUCAAAAAUGUGAAAGAGCUAAUUACUGUUCAAAAGAAUAGAGAAGUGGAGAAGGCAGCAAGAGUCAGGGAGCAUUUGGAGAAGGAGAUCGAGGAACUUAAGAGGAAAAAUGCUGAGCUGGCAGAACUUUCAGAGACUGAUGACAACAUCCACUUCCUUCAGACUUUCCCAUCUACCAGCGUCCUUCCUGGAGAUGAAGAAUCACUCCGGUUCACUGUUAUUACAGAUGUCUCCUUUGGUAACCUGAGAAAGGGGCUGUCCUGCCUUAAAGAGCAUUUGGAGGGGAUCAGCAAGAUGGAAAUUGAAAAAAUCUCUCGAUCAGGAAGUGAAGUGCUAGCUCCCAUCCUACAGCCUUCUACACCUCAAAGCCGAGAUGAGUUUUUACAAUAUUCCUGUCCACUCACAUUGGACCCCAGCACAGCACACAGAGAACUCCAUCUGUCUGAAGGGGACAGAAAGGCAAGACGGGGGCCAGUUACCCGGUACCGCGAUCACCCGGACAGAUUUGACUGUUGGCCUCUGGUCCUGUGCAGGGAGGCUCUGGAGGACCGUCAUUUUUACUGGGAGGUGGAAUGGACUGGAGACUGGAUUGACAUUGGGGUCACCUAUAAAGGAAUCUGUAGGAAAGGAACAAGCCUCGAUUGUGGGCUUGGAUACAAUGACAAGUCCUGGAGUUUGUUCUGCUCUGAUUCUCGUUACUCUGUCCGGCACAAUAAGAUAGAAACUGUAAUCCCUGCGCAUCACAGUCCCAGAAUUGGAGUCUAUCUGGAUCAUCCCUCUGGCUGUUUGUCAUUUUAUAGUGUCUCAGGUACAAUGACCCUCCUUCACACCUUUAAGGCCUCCUUCACCGAGCCACUCUACCCAGGGUUUUGGGUUACUGAUAGUUUAACAAUCUGCCAAACGAUAAGUGAACAGCAUCUUCCGCGUGUCACUUCAUGACUCUGCAAUAAAAAUUUGUUUGUGUGCUGUGAAGGUGCACAUUUGUUGCAGUUACAGUAUUAAGAGAUCAGAAGAUUGUGGGGUAUGUCAUUGUCAUCCUGUUAAUUUUUAGUUAUUGCAUUACUUAAUACAGUAGUAGUGAUGAGUAAAACAGGUACAUUUUGAUUCACAUACAGUUUUGCAAAAUUGGCACUAAAAUUCAUUUUGUAGAUAAUUUUGCAAUUGUGAAACUCACUAAAAUAAUUUUUUGUGCGUCUUAACACUUUAUUAGUGGGGGAAACAUGGAAUAACAUUGUUCACACUUCCGUGUUAAUCUGUGAUCGUUUCUGUAGCUGUGUAAUGCAUGCAAUAUAUCGCCCAUCAGCAAAGCAGUUCUAUUUAUGCCUCUUAGUCAUAUCAAUGCAGAGGAGCACAAUGCAUAUUUUGUGACAUUAUGCAUAUUUUUCACAUUAAGACACUCCGAAAUGCAUUAUCACUGUGCUUUCACCACAGGAAAACCCACUGAAUAGAAGGCAAAUCCCAAAUCUCCUCCAUGAACUAGCAACUGCCUUAUCCAGUUUGAUGAUAUGCGCACUUCAUGUUACUUUUCUGUUUUCAAUGUACGGGGAUGAUCAAAAAGUUUCUGCACUCUUUUUAAACUCUAUUUAUUAUUAAUUUCAAAAACAAAUGACAUCACUUUUCUAUGUAGUCACCUUCGUUGCAAUUUUCCCAGCGUCGUACCAACGUUUUAAUGCCCAAUUACUACUCCUCCCACCUUCACCGUUUCCAACGAAAAUACGAAAGUGUGGAAAGUUUUUGAAUGUCCCUCGUAUCUUUAGGAUUGUGACCGCUUAGAUUGUCAUCUAAACUGGCAAAGUGGGCAUCGUAGUAUGCACUACUAGGACAAGCACAACACAAGGCUGACAGCUCAAAAAAAUAUCUUCAUGUGACAGGAAAUCAUUCCGUCAAUUUUCUUUUUUUCAUUAGAGAUCUUGAGUAAAUGGCAGAUGCCAGAUGCAUGGAAAAUGAAUGCAUGAAAUGCUUCCAGACAGGAAGUGAACGUCAUUCUUCUUGUGUUAAUGACACAAAUUUCACUGGAAACAGAGUAUCAUUUGUUUUGCAAAUUUUUUUUGCAAUAUGAAAUGCUGAAUUUUACUGUGAAUUUAAGUUUGCACGAAUCUUCACACACCACAGCUAAAUAGCAACUUACCUCAUGUGGCUUUUAUGGUAGUAUUUUUUAAAUUGUUUAGUCGCAUGAACAAUGUGAAAAAUGCAGCCUUCAGAAAACUAAGAGAAUAUUCUCUUACAAAAGAGUUAUGUUAGCAGCUGCAUGUAGACAGACUCAGGGGGUUGUUGGAUGUGAUGUCUAUGUUUCUAUAUUUGUAUGGUUUUCCUGUGUGUUCCA